AUGAAUAAUUCCAAGUUUGAAAUCAAAAUGAUGGGAGUAAUAACACAAUGCAAUUUCUAUAUCCCAGAUGAUACAGGAGACAUCAAUGGUAUGUCUUUCCGGAUGGCUUAUAAGGCUGCCAAGUAUUCCAAGAAUAACAAAGAUUUAUGUGCCUGUAUUGGAUCUAUGCUAUGCUCAGUAGUUCCUGCAUUUAGAACCUCCAUUGAGAAAGCACUAAGUGAAAUAUGCAUUAGGCCUCAGUUCAUUAGUUUGCCAUCCCAGGCUAAUGAAAAGAAAAUAGUGGAGUCUGAGCUUCCUCCAUUGGACUGGCCUUCCAUCCUUGUAACGUUUGGCUAUUGUAUCCAUCUUCUUUCCCAUUAUUAUUAUACAGGUGAUUUUCACACUCAUAUGUUAAACUGUAUUCGUGAUCUGAAAGCUAUAGUUAGAUGUGACCCAGGCAGCAAACUUGAGAUUCCGUUUGACGCCAUAAAAGAAGAUGCAGUUACCACAAUGCUUUCUUCCCCUCAACUUAAAGAAACUGUAAGGAAAUUCCUGAUCGCCAACAUGAAUCAUACCGAUUCACUUGUUUCAAGAAUUUGCAAUUAUUUGAGGAACAAAUCAUCUUAA